CCGGGAAGGGUUGGACUGCGGGUAUCUGGGGUGAUCAUGAAGGACUGGGGCGCUGGGCUGUGGAAACGGGGUGCAGAACCCACAUCUAGGUGCGCUGCUCCACGAGGCAACGUGGAGUUGUAGCAUUUGAGAGUCCCAGGAGUUGGGUCCAGGUGGGCAAGGGAGCCUGCGGUGCACUGCCGAGCCGACCUGGGCGCCAGAGAACAGCCGGGGCUCCGGAUCUUACUUUGGGGUAGGGCAGGAAGUUGUGGGGCGUCCUGCCUCCCCGCGGAGUCUGAAGGCCCCUCUCCUUAACAGCUGGGCUUUCCCCUCCUUCCCAAUUGCGUCUGGGCGCCAAGCCCCAGAGCGCUCGUCACGCUGGACCCUGGCGCGGAGCCCUGGCAUCACGACUCGGAGGCCGACACUCUCUCCUGGAGUCACCCAGGUCUGGACACACUCUUACCACACCAGGGAGCCUGCUUGUUGUGUUGAGCAAGCUGGGGGUGGAGACUAGCGUAGACGGGCAGAUGGGCAGGGCCUAGCAGGUUUGGAGGGAACCUGGCUGUCCUAGGAUUGCUGGCUGGCUUUUGUUUUUACUGCUGAGCCUGGAGCUCAGUUUAGACUUGGUGGUUGGUUACUCCUCAGGGCAGUGAGUGAGAGAGUGGGUGAGAGAGAGUGAGUGUUGUGAGCACUGUGUGUACAGUCGGCCACACAGCACCCGCUGCUCUCUCACAGAGGCUAGUAUCUUGACAUUUCCCCAGGUACCCUGAGCGCUUAUAGCAGCUGAUCAUACCCCUGCUAUUGCUCAGAGUUGGGAGCAAACUUCAUGACUGUGACCAGCUGGGUCAGAAGAAGAGACUGCGGGGAGGUGGCCGUGGGUGAGCUCAGGAAGAAGUAUGGAGAGUCCCUGAACAGUGAGGCGGCCCGCAUGUGGGGACAGGUGUCACCCUUGGCAGCACUAUAUCACCAGGGUUAUCAGGCAUCAGUACCUGGCCCCACUUCCACGGAUAAGAAGAGAGAAGAAGGAAGGGCAGGGGAGGACCCCCUCUAGGACUCCCUGGAAGGGAUAGCAUCCUGGAUGCCUCAUUACAUCCAACAGGGGAGAUGGAUCCACCUCAGUGUGUGGAGGAGCUGGAGGAUGAUGUGUUUCAGCCAGAGGAUGAGCUGGGGACCCAGCCUGGGAGCUUGCCCUCUGCUGACCUGUUUGCCCAGAGCCAGCUGGACUGCCCCCUCAGCCGUCUGCAGCUCUUCCCUCUCACCCACUGCUGUGGCCCUGGGCUUCGACCCAUCAGCCAGGAAGACAAGGCCACCCAGACCCUCAGUCCAGCCUCCCCGAGCCAGGGUGUCAUGCUGCCUUGUGGGGUGACCGAGGAACCCCAGCGACUCUUUUAUGGCAAUGCUGGCUACCGGCUCCCUCUCCCUGCCAGUUUCCCUGCAGGCUUGCCCCUUGGUGAGCAGCCCCCUGAAGGACAGUGGCAACAUCAUCGAGCAGAGAUCCAGAUCGCCAGAAAGCUUCAGAGUAUUGCCGACCAAUUUCAUCGGCUUCAAAUGCAGCAACACCAGCAGAACCGAAAUCGCAUGUGGUGGCAGUUCCUCCUCUUCCUGCAUAACCUCGCCUUGAAUGGAGAUGAGAACAGGAACGGGGCGGGGCCCAGGUGAGGCUGGGCUGCCCUCUUCGAAUGGGGCACCACAGGAAGGACUUCCGCGAGGACUGACACUGUGUCAUGUGAAGUUGUUUUUUGUUGUUCUUACCUUAAAAUCGUAUCUCUGUGUGUAAAUAAGACAUGCCCAAGUGGGACCUUUUCCCUGUUCAGGACCUUGACCGGGAAUGGGGGCCUUUGUCAAACACUGUUGAAGUGGAGGCUGAUGAGUCUCUGAUGGUGGGUCCUCCCAAGGGCUCUGACAAGCAGAUUCUUCAGCCCGCGGUUGUUGAAGAUGGCCAGGUAGUGAUGUUCUCUGGCCAGAGGACUGUAGUUUAGCCACAGGAACUCAGUUAAACCAUAGGAAGCUGGAUUACACUCCUGCUCCCACCAAACCUGUCAGCCUUCCGCCGUGGACGGAGCCGAGAUCCGGACGGUCACACUGCUUCAGCGCACCAGGGCCUUGGUCGGGGGCUUUCCAGCUGAGCAUGGCCACUUCGCUAGGCCACUCAGCCUCUAUCUGGGUUCUCCUUCGGCCCAGCCGGUGCCCGCUCCAAGGGCUCAGGGAUUCUUGUCCAGCCCCUGUCAUCUCCAGCAGACCUCAGGGAGGGUUGGGUUUCUCCAAGGACCCCGCAAACAUGCCUCAAAAUGAACCAAACUUCUGUGUCGGCCUCACAUCUGACUUGGUCCCACUUGGAGGCCCCAGGAUUGAUCCUGAGGUACAGAACCACUGCCACCUCUGGCUUCCUAGAACUGGCUGCCUGUCAGCCGUGGAUGAGCCAAAUAGCCAAUCAACGUGCUGUCAUCAGCAGCUUGUGCCUUUGUGGGCUCUUCUUUCCAAAGAACCAGCAACAGACUGCAUUCCGGCCCCGAUCAGCACUGUAGGGCAUGAAGGGGCAGCACUGCAGUGGGACUGGGAAAGUGGCCAUCCCUCCUGGAAGAGUCAGCCCGAGAGGAACCCAGACCACUUGGUUUCCUUGGAAACAACAUACCUCCUCCUCCUUAUUCCCAUUCCUUAUUCACACCUACUAUAAAAGGUAGAAGGAAGAAGCCAGCACAGUGACUUUGUCAGCUGACAUGUGUCUUUUUGAGCAAUAGAUAACGAUGAGAGUGCAGAACCGUCAGAGCUGGGUGCACGUCUCCUGUCUUCCUUCGGCUCCCAGCUAGGCCAGCAGGGCAUGCUCUGGCACUCAGCGGGAUCGCAGCUGCCUCCAAACUUCCCUUCUCUCCCUGCUGUGGCGCGAAUGGCGAGAAUUUAAAGCAGCCAGUCUGCCAGCUCUGACCAGACAGAGAAUUUGAUUAACAGAACCUGUUAACAGAUACCUAGAAAUGAAAUGAUAAUUUUUGCAUAUGUAGGAAAAGAUAACAUUGGUGCUAAACAGAGAAGCAAGGCCCAAAGAAAAGACUGCUUUCCUGGGCAGCGAAGACCCCGGGGCUACCCAAGGAAAUCGGAGAAGUCCCGAGGAGGCUCUCACAUCUGAACCAGCCAAGGCUCCUCCAGUUCUGCCAAGAGGAGGUCUCAGUACUGUUGAAGGAAGCCUUGAUCCCUGUAUGUACAGUUGGGAAGGUUGUUCCCUGCACCAGGGCAUCGGCAGAGGAAGGUAAUAGCGACUAAGGUCGAGCUCCUGCUCUGCUCACCGAGUUGUCUGCCCCAGUGCAGGGCUCAGUCUUCCCAGGAGAACUGGUGCCUUUGUAUGAGGUGCCGUAUGGGCUCAUAGUGACCCUGAGGAGAAGGACCUCAAACUGUGCAAAUGCCUUUGUUUUGUUCUACUUAGAUGUUCUGGAGGUAUUACCUUUUCUUGGCCAGAAUUAUAUUCUCAGGGUGUGUACCAUGGUGUGUCUGCUAAGGAGAUGGGUUCUCACUCACAAGAAGGAACCCAGAGAACAGGCAUGAGGACUGGCUCCGGAACACGCUGACCGUCGUGAAGUCCAGCCUCCCCUGCGUGUCAUGUCAUUCACGAGGUGCUGAGGGCCUGGUGUCCUCCCCUCCCCUGGACCAAGGCUACGACAGGCAGCGGCUGGUAUAUGUGCUGGAGUGGAACACACAAGAAAGCCACGAUUAUUUCUACCAACCAUUUUUUAACCUCUCUUGGCAGACUUUCCACCUGAGCUGAGUGAGAGAGCAAAUAAAUGGUCUAGACUUUGGUGCUGAGGCAAAGCCAUCCACUUCAGGGACCCUGCCAGGCCCAGGAGGGCCUGUGCUAAGAACUGAGCCCAGAGUUUGACAAGCCCAUCUGAACAUUGAGCCUGGGGCCUGGGGGAAGAUGGUCCAACCGCACUAUCUCCAUCUUCUGUGAAGCCAAGAACUAACUCACUAUGUUAAGCAAGCCAGGGCAACAUUUAAAACUUCCUUCCUUUCCCAUCCCCCAGAAAACCAAGGAGGUAACUCCCAGAAUAGUCCUAGGAGAGAGGUUCCUCCUGGCUGGCUGUUUUCAAUUGGCCUAGUGAUCUAGGUCCCGCCCCUUCCCUCUGCCUGGUGAGUUGGUCUGAACAUUCCUCAAGUCCAGCCUCAGGAGACAUGUCCCUCCCCCUGGGCCCCUCUUCCCACCCCCACCCCCAGAGGCUUGGCUGUCUCCUGUGAGGGGGUGGAGAAUCCGAUUGAGAGGGAGGGAGAGUCUGACCUGGGUCCUGACCUGUAACCAGCUGAAGACUAGUGGGGCUUUUGUGGUUUGCUGAUGGGUGGGGGUGGGAGAGGGACUGGAAGCCUCCCUCCCCGCUGUAGAAAUGCCCUGGAGGAGGGGAAGCCUGCUUAUUCAGGGUCUAAAAAGCCCUUCCGACUCAGAACCCCAGAGGAGGGGUUUCUGGACGCCUAUGGACAGAAGUGGGGAGGCAGUCCCCCCAGGCCAGACAUCUGACUUCUCCAGCCAGUUGCAAAGUCUGGGCUGCUGAAGAGCUGUCCGUGGCCUUCCCCUGCUCAAUCCAAGGCACAAACAGAUCACCUCCCAAUGACCUCCCCAACCCCCUAGGGGAGUAGGUCUGUUUUCAGAGCUUGUGUGGCAGGCACAUUCAAAGUGCUCAGAGGGGCCCACCUGACUUGUCUCACUGACUCCUGUGGCCAGGCCCUGCCCAAGGGUGGCUCCUGACUGGUCAUGGCAGGGAGGGGUUGAUUGGGAUGGCCCAUCUAGGUCCUCCAUCUGCCUGAAGUCUUCUUGGAAGGAGGCUGGGGAGCCACUUGACUGUCCUAGGCAGCAGGGAGUACACUGCCCAUGAAAGCUUGCCUGCAGGGGGGCUUGAUGAAGAGGGAGUAGGGAGAGUAGAGAGCAGCAGAAGCAGGCAGGCUUAAAUUGCCACUGCCCUCAGGGCCUCGGGGAAUCAGCGCUGCAGCCCAGGCUGGAGGAAGCUGAGGGCCCCUCUGUGUGUAGGUGGGGACCCUUGGUGGCAGGCCACCCUGGCCAGACUUGCCCUAGGAAGGGGUUAACCUAUCAGCCUGUGAUGCCUCCUGGGGACACUGGGCAGUGGGCAGGCAUGCCAGGGCUAGUGAGGACUUAGAGCCUGGAGGGAAUGGCAGAGAAAGCCCGGCCCUUCCAGAGAUGCACCAGCCUCCAUGCUGAAGCUGACGGUGCUCAGAGCCUGUGAAGGUCCCAGGUCCACACUGCUCUUCUCUCUGCACAGUUGUCCAGAGCCUCUCCCUGCUAGGUGAGCAUUGCCCGACGGCCACCCUGGGUCCACAGGGCUGUCAGGGGAGACCCAGUGCGAAUGUAGCAUUUUGUUCAUCCCAGAUUAGUUGCCCUGGGUUCUAGGCACUCUGCCUCUGGGAGAGAGACAGGGAAAGAGGGAGGGGAAUGGGGACCCAUUGUUUUUUAACCUGUACAGAGUAUUUGACUUUCUGUUCUUCCAGUGUGUGUGUGUGUGUGUGUGUGUGUGUGUGUGUGUGUGUGUCUUCCUUCCAUCAAUUGGUACAGUUUUUAAUAAAACCAUUUAAAGCAAAA